AUGUCUUUUGCAUUUAUUUUUAUUAUUUUAAUCAGUAUACUUCAAGUAAUUAAUGGAUUAUCUCUUACUGAUAUUGAAAAUAAAAAUUCAAAAAUUAAUUUAAAAUUAAAGAAAUUUAUAAUUCCAACAAUUAUUUAUCCUAAAAUUACAUCUAAUGAAUUAUUAAAUAAAUGGUAUUCACAAUAUCCAUUAAAUGAUGAUGAUACUCCUCUUCCUGGAGAUCCACCUGUAAAAGGAUUAACUGAUGUUGGCAUAAGAGAACAAAUAGGUGUUACAUAUGGUGUUGGAAGUUUUGGUUAUCAAAGAGAUUUUGGUAUUGGUACAGGAAUAUCUGGACGUUCUGGUGGUCAACUUUAUGGUUAUGGUUCAAAUUUCUUUCCAAAUGUAUUAGGAUAA